AUGGAUUGUUUUAUAUUUUUUCUUGGUGUAUCAUUUCAGUCGACAGAUUCAGUUUGGGGAUUUAGAAUUGAUCCAUCAACAGAAUUAGUAUUUCAAGGCCCACCCAUCUCUUUUACAGAAAUCCCCAUCACAUUUAAGGUAGCGAGUAUUCCAACUGAUUUUCAAGGGAAUCCAAAUGUCACCUUUCGCGUCAACCCAGCUAUUUAUGGCACAAACGUUCCCAUCCCAUCAGAGUCAAUAGACGAUCCUACGCUAUUGGCAUUUUUCACUGGUCACAAAACAGGUGGAUACGGUCGUAUCUUGGUGCAUCACACGUGCAAGUGUCAACCAGAAUCUUGUAUGGACCUAAAGUUUACAUCACCAAUCAAAGACAUGUGUCUGAUGAUCGGAGGCAUGGACGGAUACGACCAUGUAUCGAUCGAGCUGUCGGCAAAUGGAGUGCCCGUCGUAUCAAACACCUCACUUUGGACAUCGAUUGCCAACGGACCCUUUUCAGAACAACACUCUGACUGUCCGCCAACCAUUGCAAAGAGUCGUGGUAACGCACUAAACAUCACCAGUUUUGAAGAUCUCUGCACAUCCAAUCCCAACUACAACAUUUUCAUGACCAACCAAAUGUUUGACAAUAUUAAAUUGUGCUACAGUUCCCACCUGUCGCAAAGUGUCUUUUAUUCACUAACUCCAUGUUCAAGGCAGCAAAUCAUUGCAUCGACACCACCACCUGAACUAUUCUAUGCAGUUGCAGGUAUGGCCUAUUUCGAUGCAAACGCCAAUGGAAGAUACGACUAUGGAACUGACCGUCCACUCUCCAACAUCAACGUCACUUUGAUCAACUUUUUUACACAGCAACCUGCUACUUCAACCACAACAUCCAAACCAAUCGAAGAUUUUGUCACUGAUAGUUCUGGUGUCUUUGUAUUGUAUCCUGUACGUGCAGGAUUCUUUGAGGUCAAGUUCAAGUAUGACCCCAAAAUCUAUAGCGCUGUCAUGCCACAAGACAUCAUCCAAGGUAAUUCAAAAACCUCCAAAAUCGAUCAACACUUUAAAUCUAUCAGAGUUCGUAUCACUCAACGUGAUCCUGGUGUACGUAAAGUAGAUGAAGAUGAUCAUGUCUCUAAAUAUGUUGGUUACAUCUUACCAACAGUUUAUGGUGGUGUUGUAAAUUAUAAUGGUGAAUCUAAUAGUAGUCAAGAUACUUUUAGUAGUAAUAGUAAUAGUGAUAAUAGUAACGAUAGUAAUAGUAAUAGUAAUAAUAAUAGUAAUAGUAGUACAAAAUAA